UAGGUCCUAGCCGAACCAAACCAGGUGAAUUACAGUGCCGACUGCCGAUGCUCCAUGCGGUCAAUCCGCCGGCGGCCAACAACGCGAGUUCAGACGGGAAAAUCACCGUGGGACGAAGGCGAUUCCGCUGAAAAGUUGGCGGUUCUGGUGCGUGCUCCCAGCUCCCCUCCGGCCGUCCGGCUGGAUGGUCAGGCAGGUGGAACGCGUGGAUAUAAACAUAGAGGCCGGCCGGCAGCAGGGGCGGCUAGACGGAGACCGGAGACGGUAGCUCGCUACGGCAAGUCAUCAACCACUACAUGAGCAAAGACGCAUCGCCAAGGCACAGGUCAUUGGCUGGUUUCUCCUUACGUCUUGCCUUGUCCUGCUGCAAAUUUUUAUUUGCAUUAUUUUGCCCGGCCGUGUGAUGCCUGCUGGUUUCUUGACGAGGCUUCGGCGAGAGCGAGACACCGACGGCUCAACCAUUAUUUCUCUUUCCCGGCUUGCGUACGUACGUACGCCCAUUCGUAUCGUUGCCGCCGCGCGUCUAUUAAUUCAGCUGCUUGCCUCGCCUGCUUGCUCCAUUGCCAGCCAAGUUCGAUCUCCCUCGCCUCGAGCUCGAUCGGGUCCAUGGCGAUCGAUCGAGAAGCUAAGCUUGCUAGGUGGUGCGUUUGGUUGGCUGAGAGAGUGCGAUGUUGGCAUGGUUCAAUCAAAUCAUCGCCCGGCAAGGUGACUUAAAUUUUGCGCUUUCGAUCGAUCGAGGUGCAGGGAGGUGUUUCCAGGCACCGUGUUUGAUUGAGCCGUGCCAAUAUCACAACCUUCUCUAGCCUAUAUAUGUGGACUACAGUUUCGUAGGCUACUGCAAUCUUCAAAAAGGCCGUAAUCUGCUUAUGGUAAAUUGGACUAGUGCAUACAGCAUACGAACUAUCGUUCAAGACUCCACUGAAAGUUCUCCUGAAGCUUCAUCAGAGGGGAGAAUUCUUCAAAAGAAUUGAACCCAGAGGGGCAGAAGUUUAUGAACAGGGAGCCAAAUUGUUCUUUAUUUCAUUAUAAUUCUAGGAAGCAAAUAAUGGCCCCUGGCCACUAUAUAUAUGUACCAGCCAUGAGCCAUCGUAGACGCCCACAGCCAAGCCAGCGGUGGCUCAGGCUUGGUCAGUGCUAUAGCUGUGGCCGGUCAAGGGUGGCUACAAGUGGCUAGGAGCAGGUAGGGUCUAUUCUAGUGUUGUUUUCAUUGUUCUACUACUGUUGGCAGUAUGAGCUACCAUUCACAAUUCGCUUGUGAAAAGAAUAGUUGAUUUAUUACAGGACGAUGGUGACUAUGUAAUCAUUUACGACGUUUGUCUAGCGCUGCAUAGUUGUAGGAAACAUGCAAGGAAAAAACAAGGUGGUUCUAUCCGUAGAUAUAUUAAUAUCAUAUAUCGAGAUAGACCAAAGACGGCAUGAGAGGAUGUGUUUUAGGAUUAUUUGGCUAAUGAUCCUAAGUACUGUCUAGCUUUAUUCCAUCGAAGGUUAGCCUAGCUAGGUUCAGUUCUUCAAUAGUACUAUGUGAUACUCCCUCCAUCUAAAUUUUAAGACGUUUGAUUUUUUUAUUUCAAAUUUGACCACUCAUUUUAUUUAAAAAUUUAUACAAAUAUAGUUAGAUUUAAGUUAUUUUCAAAGAAAUUUUAUUAAUAAACUAAGUUAUAAUAAAAGAAUUGAUAUUUUACACAAAUUUUUAAAUAAGACGAUUGAUCAAACUUGGUGUUAAAAAGUCAAAUGUCUUAUAAUUUGGGAUGGAUUGAGUAUUUUAUAAUAUGGUUGUAUUAGUUUCAUUUAUGUCUACGCAGAUUUAGGAUAAAGCCUUGUUUACUUCCACCCAAAACCCUAAAAAUUUUCAAGAUUUCCCGUCACAUCGAAUCUUUAGACGCAUGCAUAGAGUAUUAAAUAUAGACGAAAAUAAAAGCUAAUUGCACAGUUUGGUCGGAACUUACGAGACAAAUCUUUUGAGCCUAUUUAGUCCAUGAUUGGACAAUAAUUACCACAAACAAACGAAAGUGCUACAGUGUCGCAAAUUUUUUUCCUUCACCAAUUAAACACGGCUUAAGUAAUGGACUUUUCCUAUGCAUUAUAUGCAUGUAGUAGAAGUCGAUGAUUACUACUGUCGUAUAGUUUUAAGUCCCACAAGUAGGUAGCUGUUUUGUGCUAGGGAAAAAUAGGUGUAACAUAGGGGACACAGAUUUAUACGGCUUCGGGCACAUAUAUAGUACCCUAGUACCCUACUUCCAGUGGAGAAAGCUUUCUAUGUCCCCUGCGCCCAAGCUAAGUGGCGUUGAUGGUGUUUGUGGAGAGAUUAGACAAUUAGUUUGUCGAAGAUAUGGACAUCGUUGACCAGGGGCUCCCUACUCCUUAUAUACUCCGAAGUACAGGGGUUACGUUAUAGAUGGGAGUCCUGAUCGUCUGACUGAUACGUUUUUUCUACUUUGUUAUAAGGAAAUCUAGUUAGAUCUGAGUGGAUCUUUUACAAGUUACUUGGCUUAUAAGUAUAUAUAGCCUAUGACCAAGGCCCGAUAUAAUGACAACUACUUUGUGCAAAAGAAAAAUGUUGUCCAUGAACAAUGUUGGAUUAUUAUAGUUGUUUGUAAGAAUAUAUGUGGCCUAUACUUUUUUAGCAAGGCUAGGGAGAGGCUAGGCAGUGACUAGAGUUGGCUAGGGCCUCUUGCCUUCAGGGGGAGAUGACAAGAGAGCUUGAUAAGCAGCGGGGGAAGUCGGGAACUCCAUGGAUUCAUGCAAAAAUAGGAAAACCAUGGUAGAAAAAAAAAAGAUAGAGCCACCGGAAGAUAGGCCCUUCCCAUCAACCUAGAAAGUUACUAAAUGGAGAGAGUUUUAGCACCUUCUUAUUUUUACAAAUAGUUGUUUUACCAAGUUGAUAGAGAGAGGUGUUUUUUUCCCCUUUCUUUUCAAAAACCUUAAAUGAAGAGUCUAUUUAUACAGAACUCAUGAAAUUAUUCUCUAAACGGCUCCAACAGUUUGGUAAACGCACUUUCAAUCCUUUUUUAUUUGAAUGGUAGAAAAAAAUCCCACUCCAACAAUUAUCUUAACUUGCAAUCAAUAUACGCAGAAAAAAUGGAGGCGCCCAUGUGUAAAGAAAUGUGGACCACUGAUACUCCCUAUCGUGUUGGUGUCCUUGGCAUUGUUUUUUUUUCCCUUGGCACUCCUUGUUGCCCCUGCCUGCCUCCGCCUAAAGGUUCACGGGAAAUGAAGAUUCGACUUUUGACGUUUGGGUGUGAGUUAUGGUGCCAAGAUGGCCGACCACAGCCUAGCUAUCUCUGCUGAUUAGGAGAUUCGUUUAAAUUGAAUCCUUGACCAUUAUUUUCAAAUAUGAGAAUACCUAAAGUAGACAAUAAAGAUUUUGUUUUGAAGGUUCUGCGUGACUUUUUUUUGGAACAAAUAAAAGAGACGGUUGGUCGAGUGUAUGUUAUUUUUUUAAUCAACAACUUUUACAAAAGUUAUAAAACUAGGUCUUAGACUAGUAUAUUGUCCGUGCUAACGCUACGAGAAAUAAUACUUAUAAUUGAUUUGGUGAUAAAAGCUAUAAAGAGAAUCAUGAGUGCAAAAAAUAGCUUUUCUUCAAGCUAUAUAAGAAAUGUUAAGGUGGUGCUUGAAGAAUGAAAUCUAAUAACUGUUAUGACAAACAUUUCAUAAGCUUCACCUCAUAAGUCACGACCCAUUUAAUUUGUGCCAACGAAAAUAAGAGAUUAUUGCAUUGAUUGUUUUUUUAUUCCUAUUUGUGCCACCAGCAAUAAAUAGACUAGCAUAGUUCAGAUUAAAUCAAUCAAAUUCCAUAACUAGAUAAAACAAAGAAUGAUGGGGCCAAGAUGCAGCAAAUACUCUUGAAUUUUCUAAACGACUGGAUUGUCAUUUUCCACGACAUCUUUAGCUACCUACAUUGCAUACACAAAACAUGGAUAUCACUGCAAGAGAAAACAUGGAUGUCACUGCAUUCAUUCACUCUUUUAUAGACCUUAAUCUUACAUGCAUCCCAUUUUUCUCGGUAAACAAUGUAUGGCUGUUUGUGGCAUCUGAAUGUGAGGGUGCCUUAGUUUUCUCAUGUGAAGUUUCAUGCGAACCAUCCCUGUAACUCUAACUUAAGCAAUCCAUCAAGGCAAAGAAUACAUGUUUACAGGAAAUCACGAUCUAUAUUGUAUCAGAGCAUUCACCGGAAUUAGAUCUUUUGACAAUUAGACACUAUUUUUAGAUCUGAGGAUACUUGGAGAUAGAGCACAUAAGAGUAAUAACUCCAACAGCUCGAUCGGCUAUUCUUGUUUUGGAGGCUAUUUUAAAAUUUGUAUAGCAAAACGUAAGCUCUAACACACACUAUUUGGUUUUGUAAAAUAGAAAACUGACUGUCCUUGAUUUUAGGUGACCAUAUAAACUCAACCAUGGACACUAGCUAUAUGAAGAUGAGAAAUUGCAAGACUGUUGAAGACAUUUUUUUAGAAGUUUUCUAUUUUACAAAAUGGCUAAACUAUAAAAUUUGGAUAGUAAUUUUAACCAAACUGUUGGAGUUGCUUUAAUGAAGAUUCGAUUUUUGACGUUUGGGUGUGAGUUAUGGUGCCAAGAUGGCUGAUCACAGCCUAGCUAUCUCUGUUGAUUAGGAGAUUCGUUGAAAUUGAAUCUCUAAUCAUUAUUUUCAAAUAUGAGAAUACCUAGAGUAGACAAUGAAGAUUUUAUUUUGAAGGUUCUAUAUGACUUUUUUUGAACAAAUAAAAGAGGCGGUCGGUCGAGUAUGUUAUUUUUUUUAACCCAACAGCUUUUACAAAAGUUACAAAACUAUGCUGUUAGCAGGUAGAUAACUCUCGCGUGAACGAUAUAGUUCCGAUUUUCCUGAAACGAGUCCGAAGCCACGUCUCCAGAACGCCUUGGUUUUUAGUACUGAGCGCUGGUGCCUUGGUAUGUCAUAUGUGAAGUAGAGCUUGUAGCGUAAUAAAAAAUAAUAGAGGGAGUAGAUCAUAACUAACUACUCUUCGCGCCAUCCCCGGAACGCGGGCGGCGGGCGCGCGCACUACGCGAUCCAUGCCACCUGCAGUAGUGCCAGUUGAAGACGGCGGCGCUGGCGAGGCCGCCGGCGAGGAGGUGACAUAUUACAGCUGCCAUGUCGCGUGGCUUGCGUGGUGGAACCACGUCCGCCGGUGCGUCCUCGCCUCCACGUUCCUCCCGUGCCCGCCGGCGCCGACCACAAAAUCGGCCGUCGUCCGUGGCACGCUCUUCGUGCCCUCCGCCGGUGACCGCCGCGUCCGCCUCUUCCUGCAGGAGCACGGACCCGCCGCCACAGACCAACCAGUGGACGACCACGACGAGCACUUCCUCGUCCUCGACCUGCCGGCUGGCCUCGGCGGCGCGGACAUCGCCGCGGCGGGCAGGAUCGUGCUCGAGUACCAGCGCCAGUGGACGCCCAAUGCCUCUCCCGGCGGCGCGCUCCUCGACUCGCCCAAGUGGCUGGUGUACUGCAAGGGCACGCGCGUCGGGUACGCGACGAGGCGGGAGCGGCCGUCGGAUGCGGAGGGGUGGUUGCUGGAGAAGCUGCGGGCCGUGACCGCCGGCGCCGGCCGCCUUCCCGGCGGAGGGGUGGAAUACCUGCGUGGGAUGUUCGAGAGGAUCGUCGCCUCGUCGGACGCGGAGUCGUUCCACCUCACUGAAUGGCCGGGCGUCACCGGCGGCGGCUUCGACGGCGGUCUUAGUAUCUUCUUCCAUCGGGUUUGUUAGACGUGCAAGACUUUCAUGUUAGUGUCACCUGGUGUUGCACGUAUAUAAUGCCCGUCCAAACAAAUACUAGAAGCAAGAAUAGUAGUUUAGAGUAUGUAUUAUCGAUCGUCGUCAUCUUAGUAUAAUCUAAAUCCAUUUCUUUGAGUAUUGGUCUUUCUACAUUUUGAUGAUGAGCUCACUGUGAAAUGCACAGAAGAAACACCUGUGCCUUUUGGAUUAUAGAGUUCUUUCUGAACA